AUGAAUAUGUUGGAUGAUGAAGAUGACCAAAGCUUUCACGCUACGCGUGACGGCUACUCCCAUUUGAGCGAUGUCGAAUGGGAUGCAGUUGAACGAAUGGGUUCGACCGUGGGCAUCCAUGCUGUUAGCGUCAUGCUAGUGGCUCUCAAUAGAGAUGCCCAACAUGCUACUAUCGCCAAGUUGAUUCAAAAUGAACUUGACGCAGAACGCGAGAAAGUAGCCUUGCUUCACCAACAAGGUUCUCAACAAGCAGAGUUGUUGAGAGAACAAGGUGCUCAACAGUUUGAACUAUUGAGACAGCAGCAGGCUGCUGCUGGCGGGUCGAUGCACUCGCGUCGACCCGAGACUUUGAAGAUUGACAUCUCAAAGUACAGGGGGUCGAAGAAGACUCCCUCUUGA